UCCACCACCACACUUAGCGCAAGCUGGUCACACUACAUACUGCGCUAAUCAGAAAUAGAGAAAAGCAUUUUAAUUUGGACGAAGUGGACAUACGGAUCACGGAGCACGGAUCACAGCAAACGCGGAGAGCGGAACACGGACGAGAACUGCUCAAGCGGAAUCAAUACAUUGGGAAUAAAUCUGGCGAUAAUCGAAUAAUGGCCGAAGUGCGACGCAGGAAGGGCGAGGAUGAGCCACUGGAGGACACCGCCAUCUCCGGAUCCGACGGAGCCAAUAAACGCAAUUCCGCCGCCGACUCUUCGGACCAUGUGGACUCCGAGGAAGAGAAGAUUCCCGAGGAAAAGUUCGUCGACGAACUGGCCAAGAAUCUGCCGCAAGGAACUGACAAAACCCCUGAGAUAUUGGACUCGGCCCUCAAGGAUCUACCAGAUAGAUGGAAGAAUUGGGUGAUUCGCGGCAUCUUCACAUGGAUUAUGAUAUGCGGCUUCGCACUGAUCAUCUAUGGGGGACCGCUGGCCUUAAUGAUCACGACUUUGCUGGUGCAGGUGAAGUGCUUCCAGGAGAUCAUCUCGAUCGGCUACCAGGUUUAUCGAAUUCAUGGCUUGCCCUGGUUCCGAAGUCUUUCCUGGUAUUUUCUGCUCACCUCCAAUUACUUCUUUUACGGGGAGAAUCUGGUUGACUACUUUGGCGUUGUAAUUAAUCGGGUGGAAUAUCUAAAGUUCCUGGUGACCUAUCACCGCUUCCUCUCCUUCGCCCUGUACAUCAUCGGUUUCGUUUGGUUCGUCCUUUCACUGGUGAAGAAGUAUUAUAUCAAACAAUUCAGCCUGUUUGCCUGGACCCAUGUAUCUCUGCUGAUUGUCGUCACCCAGAGUUACCUCAUCAUCCAGAAUAUAUUUGAAGGCCUCAUUUGGUUCAUCGUACCUGUCUCGAUGAUUGUGUGCAAUGAUGUCAUGGCGUACGUGUUCGGUUUCUUCUUUGGGCGCACUCCCCUCAUCAAGCUCAGUCCCAAGAAGACCUGGGAGGGCUUCAUCGGGGGUGGCUUCGCCACCGUCCUCUUUGGCAUUCUGUUCUCAUAUGUGCUGUGCAACUACCAGUACUUUAUCUGCCCCAUCCAGUACUCGGAGGAACUGGGACGCAUGACUAUGUCCUGUGUGCCAAGCUAUUUGUUCACGCCGCAGGAAUACAGUCUUAAAUUGUUUGGCAUUGGCAAGACUCUCAAUCUUUACCCCUUCAUCUGGCACUCGAUCUCCCUGAGCCUGUUUAGUUCCAUUAUUGGACCCUUUGGUGGCUUCUUUGCCUCUGGGUUUAAGAGAGCUUUCAAAAUCAAGGAUUUUGGCGACAUGAUUCCCGGACAUGGCGGCAUUAUGGAUCGCUUCGAUUGCCAGUUCCUUAUGGCCACCUUCGUAAAUGUUUAUAUAUCCAGUUUCAUCAGAACUCCGUCGCCGGCUAAGCUGCUGACACAGAUUUACAACCUUAAGCCAGAUCAACAAUACCAAAUUUAUCAGUCGCUUAAGGACAACUUGGGCGACAUGCUAACCUAAACUUAAACGGUUACCAGUAAGAUUCGGACAAGACGUUUGCUUAGUCGUACGUUCUAUAUGUAAUGCAGAAAUUUCUAUAUAUACAUUGAUAUAUAUCUGUAAGCGAACGGGCCAGCACUUUAAGCAGCCACAUAAAAUAAGUUAAUUACGGGCAUAA